AUGAGCCCAGUCAGUGGGCCUUUGCCCACCUACCUGCUGCCCCACGGUGGCAGAUUUCCUCAGCAGAACACCAUCGACAUCGAACUGGGCCUCAUCAACCCAGCCAGCUACGCAAACGAGAAUACCCCAACGUCCGAAGGCAUUACGACCAGCCCUAGUUGUCUUCUUACCAUUCCUCUCGAGUCGAAACCCAAAAUCUACGGUUGCCUACUCACAAAUCCCAUCAGAAAUAGUUUGCAUGAGGACCACAUCAUACCCAAGAGCCCAAAACAUGAGCUGUGGCUUGAGGUAUUCGCGCAGACCCCGACAUCCUCUUUCGCCAACGGAUUUGCGAACAAAAGGAAGCCCAUCAUCUAUUUGACGCAUCGUCACCAAGAACAUCAGUACAAGGAGGAAGACAAGGACAUCCAAACCUCACGGUUUUUGAUCGAAGCUUCGUGGGAAAAGUCUCCUGCAACGAGGUCGGCCCAGGACUGGACAAGAACAUCCAGUAGAUCAUGCUACUGA